GUCAAUCCUCCGUGUGAAGGAAACAAAGGAGGAGCAGCUCUGAGUGAGUCAAGGACAGAAUGAGGAAAUGAAGAGUUCAGACUCCAUUUUCCAGUCGACAGAGGAGGACAACAAGACUGAAGUCCUCAAGAUGAGUGUUUAUGAGGAGGAGGAGUUUCCAGCCUCCAGCUGUCUGUCCAUGAAGAGUGACUGGUCCAAAGGAGAUCCUCCAGAUUCAGUAAUGAACCUGAACCCUCAGACACAAAAGUGAUGAAGAGGAGGAGAGUUUGUGUGGAGGAGCAGCCGUCCUGCUGUGCUCGGUGUCAGGACGUCCUGAAGGAUCCAGUCUCUAGCAGCUGUGGACACUGGUUCUGCAGACAGUGCAUCAGCUCAUACUGGGACCAGUCUGCUCCAUCAGGACACUCCUCCUGUCCCCAGUGUGGAAAAAGAUCCAGAACCAGAGGUGGACUGCAGACAGCCAGUCAGAGCAGCUGUGGACAAAGUGUUGGUCUGCAGGAGGUUCUGCAGGAACAUAAGAUGAGUCUGAGGAGGAGAUGUGAACAUGUGACUGAAGGAAGUGAUGAAACAGGAGGUGGAACCCUCCUGAACAGGAUCUACACUGAGCUCUACAUCACAGAGGGACACAGUGGAGAGGCUGAUGUCCAACAUGAGGUGAAGCAGCUGGAGACAGAUUCCAAGAAGAGCCUCCAUGACAUUCCCAUCAGGUGCCAGGACAUCUUCAAAGCCUUACCUGAGCAGCAGAGAGCCAUCAGAGUGGUCCUGACCAACGGCGUGGCUGGCAUCGGAAAAACCUUCUCAGUGCGGAAGUUCACUCUGGACUGGGCAGAGGGCGGAGAAAACCAAGACGUCAGUGUGGUGGUGGUGCUUCCGUUCAGGGAGCUGAACUUGAUCAGAGAUGAGCAGCACAGUCUUCUCACGCUGCUCCAUGUUUUCCAUCCAACGUUACAGAAGGUGACGGCAGAGCAGCUGGCUGUCUGUAAACUUUUGUUCAUCUUUGACGGUCUGGAUGAAAGCAGACUUUCACUGGAUUUCUCCAACAGGGAGGUUGUGUCUGACGUCAGCCAGAAGUCGUCGCUGGACGUUCUGCUGGUGAACCUCAUGGAGGGGAAUCUGCUUCCCUCGGCUCUGGUCUGGAUCACUUCCCGCCCUGCGGCAGCCAAUCAGAUCCCUCCUAAACGUGUGGACAGGUUAACAGAAGUACGAGGCUUCACCGACGGCCAGAAGGAGGAGUACUUCAGGAGGAGGUUCAGUGAUGAAGAGCGCUCCAGCACAAUCAUCUCCCACAUGAAGACAUCCAGGAACCUCCACAUCAUGUGUCGACUCCCAGUGUUCUGCUGGAUCACUGCUACAGUUCUGGAGCACAUGUUGAGCACAGAGCAGAGAGGAGAGCUGCCCAAGACCAUGACUGACAUGUUCUCACACUUCCUGCUGGUUCAGACACACAGGAAGAAGAACAAGUACCAUGAGGGACAUGAGACGAGUCCACAGGAGCUGACGAAAGCUGACAAGAAAGUUCUUCUGAAGCUGGGGAGGCUGGCCUUCGAACAUCUGGAGAAAGGAAACAUCAUGUUCUACCAAGAAGACCUGGAGCAGUGUGGUCUGGAUGUGACAGAGGCCUCGGUGUUGUCAGGAGUUUGUACCCAGAUCUUCAGAAGAGAGUGUGUGAUGUUCCAGAAAGCAGUCUACUGCUUUGUUCAUCUGAGCAUUCAGGAGUUUCUGGCUGCAGUCUACAUGUUCCACUGUUACACCAACAGGAACACUGAGGUGCUGGAGAAGUUCCUGGGAGAAGACUGGAAAGACAAGAAGAGACACACUCUGAGUAUGUUCCUGGACAGAGUCAUGGAGAAAUCCCUCAGAAGUAAAAAUGGUCACCUGGACCUGUUUGUUCGUUUCCUUCAUGGCCUCUGUCUGGAGUCCAACCAGAGACUCUUAAGAGGUCUGCUGGGUCAGACAAAGAAACGUUCAGAAACAAUCCAGAGAAUCAUCAAGAAACUGAAGGAGAUGAAGAAUGAUGAAAUGUCUCCAGACAGAAGCAUCAACAUCUUCCACUGUCUGAUGGAGAUGAAGGAUCUCUCAGUUCAUCAGGAGAUCCAAGAGUUCCUGCAGUCAGAGAACAGAUCAGAGAAGGAACUCUCUGAGAUCCACUGCUCAGCUCUGGCCUACAUGCUGCAGAUGUCAGAGGAGGUUCUGGAUGAGUUGGACCUGAAGAAGUACAGAACAUCAGUGGAGGGAAAACUGAGACUGAUUCCAGCUGUGAGGAACUGCAGAAAGGCUGGACUUUCUGGCUGUAGACUCUUAGAGAGUCACUUUGAAGUCGUGGCCUCAGCUCUGAAGUCCAACCCCUCCCAUCUGGAACAUCUGGACCUGAGUAAGAACAACCUGCAGGAUUCAAGAGUGAAACAUCUUUGUGAAGGACUGCAGAGUCCAAACUGUAAACUGAAGACUCUCAGAUUGGAGGACUGCAGGUUGUCAGAGAUCAGCUGUGAUUCUCUGAUCUCAGCUCUGAAGUCCAACCCCUCCCAUCUGGAACAUCUGGACCUGAGCAGAAACUGGAACCUGAAGGAUUCAUCAGUGAAACAUCUGAGUGGUUUUCUGGAGAGUCCAGACUGCAUCCUGAAGACUCUGAGAUUGUGGUACUGCAAUUUGUCAGAGAUCAGCUGUGAUUCUCUGAUCUCAGCUCUGAAGUCCAACCCCUCCCAUCUGGAACAUCUGGACCUGAGCUGGAACAAGGAGCUGAGGGAUUCAGGAGUGAAACAUCUGAGUGGUUUUCUGGAGAGUCCAGACUGCAUCCUGAAGACUCUGAAAUUGGAGGGCUGCAGUUUGUCAGAGAUCAGCUGUGAUUCUCUGGUCUCAGCUCUGAAGUCCAACCCCUCCCAUCUGGAACAUCUGGACCUGAGCAGGAACAACCUGCAGGAUUCAUCAGUGAAACAUCUGAGUGGUUUUCUGGAGAGUCCAGACUGCAUCCUGAAGACUCUGAGGUCAGACAUCAUGUUUUCAGUGGUUCAAAGUUCUCAUCUUUGA